GUCUACGUUAAACUAUCUAUAAAUGAACGUCACCACAGUCCUGUCCUGCUCCUACAGUCCAAUCCCAACAUCUUCUUUACCAUUCUGAAUUUCUUUUAUUUUUUUCUCUCUCUGUUUCAAGAAGUGAUUCCGUGUGCUACAAGAAUGGCGUCGAUCUUGAAGAGGGGUGAUGAAGUUGAAGUUUGCAGCAAGCAAGUUGGUUUUGUGGGUUCUUACUACGCAGCCACUGUGAUUACCAGCAUAGGCAACCACUCCUACGCCGUGCGCUACAAGAACCUGGUCACUGAAGAAGACCAAUCUCAGCCACUCACUGAGAUUGUCGCCGCCGACGAGCUCAGGCCCAUGCCACCUAAGGUUUCGGCUACUGGGUUUUCUCUUGAUGAUGCGGUUGAUGCUUAUGAUAAUGAUGGCUGGUGGGUCGGCACGAUUUCUGGGAAGCGAGGCUCCGAUCACUACUAUGUCUUCUUUAACACUUAUGGAGUUGAGAUUCUAUAUCCACUCUCUCGCUUGAGGCCUCAUCUUUAAACCAAUGGCAAGUGAGUUUCAAAGAAAGGGUCUAAUCCUACUCAUGGUGCCAUUCUUUUGGUCUCUCAUCCGAUGAGUGCUGCUGGGUUUUAAUUUAGGAGAGUUUCUUUAAUUAGGUGAAUAUCUAUAAACUUGGAGAAGAUCUUUCUAUACUUUUUGGGUCUUCUUUAAUGUAAAUGCUUUUCUAGUCUGGUUCUCUUCAAUCUUCUCAUGAAAAUAUGUAAAUCUUUUUGCUUUUA